AUGCCGGAAAUCAUUCAUCCAAAAUCACGGGACGAAGAGUCAAAUGUGGAUCAAAGCCACUCCAAGAAGCCCGAUAGUAUCUCCAAGCAGAAUGCUCAAAGUUCGGUGACACCGUCAUCAGAGGAUGAGGCCGGAGAACCGGUGCUCAAAAUCCCCUUCUUCAGAACAACAUUAUUCCAGAUCCUUGUUGUUGGCAUAUGCUCGUUUUGUGCGCCUGGUAUUUGGUCAGCCAUGAAUGGACUCGGUGUUGGUGGCUCUCAAAGUCCGGAUCUCGUCAAUGCCGCUAAUGCUUUGCUCUAUGCUUUCAUGACGGUUACCUGCUUCGCUGGCCCGUGGAUAACAAACUUGAUUGGGUUUCGCUGGACGCUGGCACUCGGGUCGAUCGGAUAUCCUCUUUACGCUGCAGGUCUUUACGUCAACAACCGUACUGGAGGCACCUGGCUCGUGUACUUUGGCUCAGUCACCUGUGGUAUAAGCGCUGGCUUCUUCUGGAGCGUUGAGGGAGCCAUCUCGACUGGCUACCCAGAGCACCACAAACGUGGUCGAUAUAUUGCCACAUGGUUCACCUUUCGCAACUUUGGCAACGUCAUUGGAGGUGCGAUUUCUCUUGCGUUGAACAUCAAUGUCAACAAGCGAGGCCAAGUAGGGUACCAAACCUACCUCGCCUUUAUUGCAAUCCAAUGUCUUGGGUUUUUCUUCGGGCUGCUACUCUCCAACCCGGAGAAGGUCCAACGAGAUGAUGGAACAAAGAUUGAAGCUCCUCGAGACAUCCAUUGGCUGACUGAGGCAAGAGCCAUGUGGUCACUGGUCACAAGCAAGUCCAUCCUCAUCUUGAUACCGCUCUUCUGGUACUAUGGCUGGAUCCAGGCAUAUCCCGGCACAUAUCUAGCCACAUACUUUAGCGUGCGCUCCAGGGCUCUCGGGAGUUUCCUCUCGGCCGUAGUUGGCACGUUCGCGACCUGGCUUACUGGCGUCUUGGUAGAUAUUCCAUGGGUCAGGAGCAGAACAAGACGCGCGGUAACCACAUACCUAGUCAUUGCGACAAUCAACAGCAUAACCUGGAUCUGGGCGGUGAUAAUCCAAAAUGAGUAUCGCAAGACAAAUCCUGUACUGGAUUGGAGCGACCAGAGCCAAUUUGGGCGAGGAUUUGGGGUAUAUUUGCUGGAGAGAGUCAGUGCAGGAAUGGUUGAGAACUACAUCUACUGGUGUAUCAGCAACCUCUCCGACUCCCCUGGCGAUCAAAUAAGAUAUAGCUCGCUUUUGCGUGGGAUUGAGACGGCGGCUGUUGCGAUUGGGUUUGGUGUCCAAGCAGUCCCGACCGCUCUCAUCAUCACUGCGGGCAUCAACUUCAGUUUUUGGUUUGUGGCACUACCUUUUAGCUAUUUUGCUACUAGGAAGGUAGUAAGGAAAUUCAAAAAGCUGUCAACGAACCAGUAA